AUGGAUGGAGAAUUCUCAAUAGAUCGUCUAUUUUUGCGAUUAGUAUGUGCAGACACAAAUUCGAAGCUGCAAAAGUUCACAAAUGAUCAUUUAUUCGAAAUUUUGGAUUUUGCUGGAAAAUCGGCUGGAAAUAUGCCAAAAGUCAUGGAAUUGCUGCAGCAUUACAACAAAAUGGUGAAGACGAAUUUGGAGAUUAAUUUUCCCGUCGAUAAGCUCAUCGAACUCUUCCAAGGCUCAUCUGCAGUUUCAGCCAAUCUCUCUCAAAUAUAUCUGAAAAUGUCGAAAUCGCGUGUGCCGCCCGUGCAACAAAUCCCGCUUUUACCCAUUUUCCUCAAAUCUAUCGACAAAAAACCCAACGAUUUGACGUUUGCCUACGAGAUUUUUGCACUUUGUUUUCCGGCGCUCGAAGAAUUGAGCAAAAUCGAGCGAAAUCAGUGGGAAUUGAGCGAGGAGGAUGUGAAGUUGAGUGAGGUUGGCGAGCGAAUUUUGGCCAGGAUUUUUGCCGCGUUUUUGGCGUUCAGAGCGAAUAGUUUGUGAGUUUUUUGAGAAAAAUUGGGGAAAAAACUACGAUGCUCCGCAUUUACACCUCAAAUUUUUUGCUGAAAAGCUGAGAAAUUCAAAAAUUUCAUCAAAAAACUACAAUACUCCGCUUUUACACCCCUAAAAAUAAUGAAUUUUAGCGCGAAAUUUCGAAAAUUCAAAUUUUGAUUAGAAAAUUGAGAAAAACUACGAUGUUCCGCUUUUACACCCCACAUUUUCAGCGCUAAAGCUGGGAAAUUCAAAAAUUUCAUCAAAAACCACGAUGCUCCGCGUUUACACCCUGAAAAAUGAAGAAAUUUUAGCGCGAAAUUUCGAAAAUUCAAAAUUUCAGUCGAAAAUCGUAUAAAACUACGAUGCUCCACGUUUACACCCCAUAUUUUCAGCGCUAAAACUGGGAAAUUCAAAUUUUUCAUGAAAUAACAUGAUUUGCUAUGGAUUUUUUUGCGAAAACAACGACACUCCGCGAAUUACACCCAUAAUUUUCAGAGACGAAAUCGCCAAAAACAUCGAAAGCUAUCAAAAAAACGAGGAUUUCUCAUGUGCCGGCCUCUCACCGCAUGAAUAUUUUCAAAUUUCUCAAAAAAUUUGUCCAGAAAAACUGGAGCUCUCGAAAAACAAGCUUGCUCUCGUCAAAUUGUUGGGCCUCGAUAUAUUCUCCAACUCCAAAAACACCUUCCCAUUGCUCAUUUUAGCAGCUGCAGCCAAUUUGAACAUUGUCGAUGAGGCUGCUGAACAUUUGAUCAAGAAAUUCGAGAUUGAAGAAAUGGUGGAUGAUUUGGCGGUGUGCCAAGAUUUGAUGGGUUUCUAUUUGGGCUCAGCUAUUGCUCCAGGCAAAAAUGACAAAAAAUCGAUAAUUCAACCGGCGAAUUUUGUACAAAAACAGAAAAUUUUGCCGUUUUUGACCAGGUCUAAAACUGCGCCCACGGUUUAUAUGAAUAAUAUUAAGGUAGGGGAUUUUUGGGGGGAAAAUGGGCCUGAAACCAGCCUAAAAUGGCCAAAAAUGGCCAAAAAUGGCCCGAAAUGGCCUAAAAUGGCCAAAAAUGGCCCAAGAUGGCCAAAAAUGGCCCAAAAUUCCCCAAAAUUCCCCAAAUUCAUCGAUUUUUCCACAGAUUUGCAUCGAUGGAAUGGAAAAUGCCCAAGUUCCCCGUCUUCAAACCGCCGCCUUCCAAUUUUUCCACUCAGUCAUCGAAAAAAUGCCCCAAACCGCUUUGAAAACGCUCGGAGCCACGCUUUUUGCAAGAUUGAGGAAGUAUUGUAAAACUGUGAUUGCUGUGAGUGUUUUUCCGGGGAUUUUUGACUGAAAAUGAGCCUGGAACGUGGAAAUUUGGAUUUCUAGGCCAUUUUUUGGAUUUCUAGGACAUUUUUUGGGUUUCUAGGACAUUUUUUUCGGAUUUUUAGGCACACCUGACGAGAGAGUGUCCCAAAUUUUUUGUGCAGUGUGAAAAUUUUUUCAAAAAAAAAUGUGCAGCGUGAAAUUUUCAAGUUUUUCGAAAAAAAAAAAAAGUCCGCGGGCAGGAGGAUUCGAACCAUGGUCUCAUGCUCGCCAGUCUAAAAUGCUAUCCUCUCGGCCACAUCUCUUUUUUCUCCCGAAGGGAAAAAUGUUGGUGGAAAGGAAACUGUUUUCAAACGAAUGCGUUGCAACGUUGCUCAAAAUUUGAAGUUAGGAUAACUAAGCUUAGGCUUAACGGAUAUAGUUGAUUUUUUUCCAAUAGAUUGCUAAGGUCAUAGGCAGUGUGGAACACCAUGAGUGCAGUGUGGAAAUGCCCUAUUUCGCUGUUAUUUUGAAGUGUCCAUUUUGAUGGUAAAUAUGGACAUUACAAAGAAUCGGACGGCAUUUUUUUUCGAGCACAUAUCAAGGGUUGGUAUAUUCAGAAAGUUGGUGUAUUUUUAAGCGUAGUUUUUGAAUUUACCCAUGUGCAGUGUGGAAUUUGAAGUUUUUUCAUAGAAAGUCAAUUUUUUUGAAAUUUCAGUGACACUAUGGUUUGCUAAGCAGUCACGUAAAUUCCACACUGCACAUUAUGUUACCACACUAAAACAAAAGUCUGCUGAGUUGAUUUUCACCGAGAAACUUCGAAAAAUUCGCAAUCUGAAGUUGAUUUUGAAGUUGGGAAAAAAAUAAAAAAAGUUAGCUCGAAUGAAGAUUCGAACCUGGGCCUUCUGAACACUAGCAAAAUGGCCUACCACUGAACUAAAUGUGCAUUUAUUUCCCCAAGUUAAAUGUUGAUGAAAAGGAAACAAAGUUUAUUUUCGAAAAAAAUGCAGUGUGACUUUUGAAAAAAAUGUACAGUGUCCAUUUUGGACACGUCUCGUCAGGUGUGUUUUUAGGUCAUUUUUUUUAGAUUUAUAGGCCACGUUUGGUUUUAUAGGCCGUUUUUCACAUUUCUAGGCCAGUUUUUGGAUUUCUAGGCCGUUUUUUUGGAUUUCUAGGCCAUUUUUCAAGUUUCUAGGCCAUUUUUUGGAUUUCUAGGACUUUUUUUGGAUUUCUAGGACAUUUUUUGGUUUUCUAGGCCAUUUUUUUAAAAUUUCUAGGCCAUUUUUUGGUUUUCUAGGUCAUUUUUUGGAUUUCUAGGCCAUUUUUUGGUUGCCCAGGCCAUUUUCAGAAUUCUAGGUCAUUUUUUGGAUUUCUAGGCCAUUUUUCGGGUUUCUAGGCCAUUUUUCGGGUUUCUAGGCCAUUUUUCGGGUUUCUAGGCCAUUUUUCGGGUUUCUAGGCCAUUUUUUGGUUGCCCAGGCCAUUUUUCAGAAUUCUAGGUCAUUUUUUGGAUUUCUAGGCCAUUUUUCGGGUUUCUAGGCCAUUUUUCGGGUUUCUAGGCCAUUUUUUGGUUGCCCAGGCCAUUUUUCAGAAUUCUAGGUCAUUUUUUGGAUUUCUAGGCCAUUUUUCGGGUUUCUAGGCCAUUUUUUAGAUUUCUAGGCCAUCUACGUGUCAAAAAAUUCAAUUUUUUUCCAGAAUUCCCCCGCUCUUUGCCUAGUCUAUCGAUGUCUUGGAACUCUGGGAAAAGUCAAGCCAGAACUGGUAUUUGAUGAUAUUUCGAUAGUGAAUGAGAUGUUUGACACGAUUAUUGAGGUAAUUUCACGCAAAAUCCCGUUUUCCCCGCGAAAAAUGCUCCAAAAUGGGCGGAGCCACCCGAAGCUCCGCCCACUUUUUGCGGCAGACGACGAGAGACAGCGCGCGCAUCUUUUCUAUGCAUUUCGCAUUCGGUUUCUUUGUGGCCUUGUGGCCUAAUGGAUAAGGCGUCUGACUUCUAAUCAGAAGAUUGCAGGUUCGAUCCCUGCCUGGGUCAAAAUUUUUUGUUUUUUUUUUCCGAGCGGAGCGAGUGUAGAAGUGUGAAUCUAGGUAAAAAUCAAUAAUUUUUCCAGACUUCUGCUGAUGACGUGGGCUACAGUGUAGUCGAUUGUCUUGUCGCAUGGCUUCCGGGAUUUUGUGCUGCGAAAACGCAAGAUGCCACAAAUUCCGCGCUGAAAACCUAUAUUUCCGCACACGUGACGCAUGAAAAUGCAAAAUGCCGCAUGGUUUCGCUGAAAUAUAUCGAAGCGCUCAUAUUUUCUGAUGAGGAUUUGGAUUUGACUUGGAUCCUAUUAAGAGCUUGCGGUGAUUUACGCGAGGAAAUGCGCGCGGAAGCCGCGCGGUUGCUCGAAAUCUCACUCAAAACCAACAAAAUUCCCGAAUUGUCCAAAAUUAUUGCGAAAUUUUGGGGAUUUUUGAGCGAUGACGUGGCAAAAUGCGCGCCAAAUUCGAAUUUUUCCGCAUUGAUUCAUCAAAUGUGCUCGAGAUAUAUCUGGGCCGCGCUGGAGACGCGGAUUUGCGGAAAGCCCGCGGAAUUGCGGAUUGUUGAAGGUGAUGAGCAUUGGAUUACGGUGGCGCCCAGAAUUUAUCGAUUGAUUUUGGAGGAGAAUUUGGAGCUGGAAAUUGUGGAGAAUUUGGUGAAAAUGGCGCUUUUUGGGUGUCGGGAGAGUAUUGGUGGGUUACUGUAGCUGAAGAUUUUUGGCGCCAAAAAUUUGGGUUACUGUAGGCUUUCAAAAUUUUUGAAUUUUGAUUUUUCGCGCCAAAAAUCCUGAAUUUUAGGUUACUGUAGGUUUUUCUGAUCUUUUGAAAAUUUGAAUUUUCGAGUUUUCGCGCCACUGAAAAAACUACAGUAAUUUUUUUGUUGAAAAUUCAAAAAUUUCAAUUUCGCGCCGAAUUGUUCUACAGUACCCCCUAGGAGUUUUUUGCCGCCAAAACUUUUAAAUUCAAAUUUUUUCCCAGAUGUUCACCAAUACCGUAUCGCAACCUGCUUCCUAAUGGCCCUCAAAAAUCACCCACAAAAAUCGGGCCUAGAUUUUACGGACCAAAUUCAGGCCUGCAGCCUGAAAGCCCGAGAUUCCACGAGAUUUGAAUUGUCGCAAGCCAUAGCUUUUUUGUUAUCGAAUUUGAUUCCCGAAGGCCCGGAAGGCCUGGAAAAAAUUCAGGCCGAACUAGAGGCCAAAAAUAUUCCUGGACUUUGCUGGAUCGCGUCGGCCUAUGCAGUUAAAGGCCCGGAUUCAGGCCUGAAAGGCCUGCUCUUGAAGUACUGUAGAGAAGGAUAUGAAAGGCCCAGUUCGAUGCUUGAAGCGGCCCUGGGAGCUUUGGGCUUUUUGAUGGUCCACGCGGAAGCGUUUCCGCUUCCGGAAGCCGAAGAGAUUGCGGAAAAGAUUGCGGCAUCGCGCAAGGAUUCGCUGUCGCAGAAGAGUCGCGAAGCUGCCGCAAGGAUUCUGGGGUAUUCCGGAGCGCAGGCGGCACUUUUCCGCGUCGGAGAAGGCCCUCCGCAACCCGAACUUCAGCUAACUGUUGGCGAAGCGAUGAUUGAUGCGAUGUUGGGAAGAUAUUCAGUGAAUCGCAGGAAUUUUUAUGUGAAAGCAGAGGAGGAGAUGGGAAUUGAGGUGGGCGGAAGCGGAAGCGGAAUUUUCCGCGAAGCAGCCACGUGGAUUAGUAUGAUAUGGUAAACGUCAUAGUAAAACGCGUGGCCGCUUUGCGGAAGAUUGAAAACUACGAUACUCCGCGUUUACACCAUCAAUUUUGAAGGUGUAAAUGCGGAGUAUCGUUUGAAAAUGUUUAAUAAUUUGAUGCCUGAACCCAAAAAUUUCAGCAAUUUUCAUGAAAAUCUUGGUUUUUCUAAAAAAUGUUGAAAUUUUUGGGUUCUCGCGCAGGGGAACCUAUCGUCAAUUUUUUUGGUGAAAAAACAACGAUACUCCGCGUUUACACCAUCAAAAUUGACCCAUUUUCCAUCAAUUUUGAAGGUGUAAAUGCGGAGUAUCGUUUGAAAAACGUAAAUUUUGGUCUACAAACAAGCUUAGGGAUAUUUUUCUACAGUAACCCUGAUUUUUUUUUUUGCACAAAAAUUCCCGGAUUUUUUAGGUUUCAAAAAUUUGAUAAGAAAUUUGCGAUUUUUCUGGGUUACUGUAGUUUUUGGCGUAUCAAAAAACCCCAAUUUUUCGAGAAAAAGAAAAAAACUACGAUGCUCCGCAAUUACAGCUUCAGAAACCUAGGUGUUUUUGGUAUCAAAAAAUCCCAAAUUCCCGGUAGAUCAAAACUACAGUAAUCCUGAAUUUUCCCAGAUCCUCGUCACCGAUUUAGCCGAACUCGAAAUGCUCCAAUCUCGCUGCACACUUCUCCUAACCGAAAUCAUCGACGAAAAGCUGACGUCACAAAAUCAUCAUUUACGGCGAGCCGCAUUGGUUUGGCUUCUCGUCCUGACGCAACGUCUUUCCGCACGCGGAUUCACCGCAUUCCGCGACAAAACAUGCCUCAAAAUGAUACAGAAUGCGUUUGCGGAUGGGCUUACCGAAAAUGACGAGUUUACCCAGGAUAUCGCGUCGAAGGGCAUGGGUUUGGUGUAUUCGCAAGCGGAUGCGACGUUGCGGAAAGAAUUGGUCGCGGAAUUGAUGGAAACGCUUGCGGAAGGCCGGAAAACCGCGCGGAAAAUUGAUGGAAAUACGGUGCUUUUUGAGGUCAUAUCUUCAUGGGAUUGCUCAUGUUAAUCUAUUUUUUUUUCAGAAAGGACAACUUGGAAAAACUCCGACUGGUGAUAAUUUGACGACUUAUAAAGAGCUUUGUACUUUGGCCAGUGAUUUAAAUCAACCAGAUUUGGUCUAUAAAUUUAUGCAAUUGGCUAAGCAUAAUGCCACGUGGAAUGCGAAAAAAGGAGCGGCUUUUGGAUUUGGAGCAGUUCUCGAGCAGGCCAAAGAUGAGCUUGAACCGUAUUUUGGAAGCUUGGUACCCAAGUUGUUUAGGUAGGGGUCGAUAGCAAGUGUAGACCGCAAGCUUCCGCGUCAGCGGCCACGCGGAAGCUUGCGGUUUACACUCGCGCACAGCGCUCGGGUCGAGCGAAGCGAGUGUAGACCGCAAGCUUCCGCGUCAGCGGCACUGUCUUCCGCUUCAGCGGCCACCUGGAUUACUAUGAUAUGGUAAACGUCAUAGUAAUCCGCGUGGCCGCUAAAGCGGAAGACAGUGCCGCUGACGCGGAAGCUUGCGGUUUACACUCGCGCACAGCGCUCGAAAAAAAAACUAGAUUUGAUGCCUGAACCCAAAAAUUUCAGCAAUUUUCAUGAAAAUCUUGGAUUUUCUGGAAAAUGUUGAAAUUUUUGGGUUCUCGCGCAGGGGAACCUAUCGCCAAUUUUUUUUGCUGAAAAAACUACGAUACUCCGCAUUUACACCAUCAAAAUUGACCCAUUUUCCAUCAAUUUUGAAGGUGUAAAUGCGGAGUAUCGUUUGAGAAACGUCAAUUUGAUGCCUGAACCUUAAAAUUUCAACAAUUUUCAUGAAAAUCUUGGAUUUUCUGAAAAAUGCUGAAAUUUUUGGGUUCUCGCGCAGGGUAACCUAUCGCCAAUGUUUUUUCCGCGUCAUAGUUUUCCGCAUGGCCGCUUACGCGAAAGCUUGCGGUCGACACUCGAAAAUUUUGGGAUUUUUUGAUACCAACAAGCUUAGCUUCUACAGUAACCCUGAUAUUUUUGUGCCCAAAAAUUCCCGGAUAUUUUAGGUUUCAAAAAUUUGAUAAGAAAUGCGAUUUUUCUGGGUUACUGUAGCCGUAUUUGGUAUCAAAAAAUCCCAAAUUUUUCGAUAACUACGAUGCUCCGCAAUUACACCUAUGAAAAUAGAAUAUUUAUUCGAAAACAACGAUUCAAAACCACUUGAUACAAGUCCAAAAAAGACAGUGUUCGUCUUUUGCACAAUCCGAACUGAUAUAACAAGCAUCGAUUGAAGUUGCCAUCAGAAUCGGGAGAAUCGAGAAGAUUUUUGACAGGGAAAACAUUUUUCUUUAGAGAAUUUCGCUGCAGAUUUGUUUUUAUGCGAGCAAAUUUGAUGAAAAUUGAUUCGAAUUAGGUCUACAGUAACCCUAGGGAUGUUUGGUAUCAAAAAAUCGCGAAUUUCUGUGAAAUUUGGGAUUUUUUGAUACCAAAUAAGGCUACAGUAACCCAGAAAAAUCGCAACAAUUUUUCCGAGAAAAAAUUUCUUAUCAAAAUUUUGAAACCUAAAAUAUCCGGGAAUUUUUGUGCACAAAAAAAAAUCAGGGUUACUGUAGAAAAAUAUCCCUAAGCUUGUUUGAUAUCUAAAAAUCGCGAAUUUUUCGAGCGAAGCGAGUGUAGACCGGAAGCUUCCGCGUUAGCGGCACUAUCUUCCGCUUUAGCGGCCACGCGGAUUGCUAUGACGUGGGAUAAAUCGCUUUAGCAAUCAUAUCCCACGUCAUAGCAAUCCGCGUGACCGCUAAAGCGGAAGACAGUGUCGCUGACGCGGAAGCUUGCGGUUUACACUCGCUCCGCUCGACCCGAGCGCUCUGCGCGAGUGUAGACCGCAAGCUUCCGCGUAAGCGGCACUGUCUUCCGCUUUAGCGGCCACGCGGAUUGCUAUGACGUGGAUUUUUGGCGCCAAAAUCCUAACUCUAACCUUAUUUGGUAUCAAAAAAUCCCGAAUUUCGGGUAGAUCAAAACUACAGUAAUCCUAAACUGUCUGAACAGGGCUUGCGAAGCACGCCACGUGGCUUUUUUGGCCCAAAAACUCUACAGUAAUCCCCUAAGCUUGUUUGGUAGCAAAAAAUCCCGAAUUUUGAGAGAAAAACUACGACACUCCGCAUUUACACCUUAAGAAACCUAGCCUUGUUUGGUAUCAAAAAAUCCCCGAAUUUUUCGAGCGAAGCGAGUGUAAACCGCAAGCUUCCGCGUCAGCGGCCACGCGGAUUGCUAUGACGUGGAUUUUUGGCGCCAAAAUCUUCACACUAACCUUAUUUGGUAUCAAAAAAUCCAGAAUUUCGGGUAGAUCAAAACUACAGUAAUCCUAAACUGUCUUAACAGGGCUUGCGAAGCACGCCACGUGGCUUUUUUUGGCGCCAAAAAUAUCCCUUAGCUUGUUUGGUAUCAAAAUGACUCAAAUUUUGCGAGAAAAACUACGAUGCUCCGCAAUUACACCUUCGGAAACCUUACCUUAUUUGGCUUGCAGAUAUCGCUACGAUCCCGAUAUCAAAGUUCAACAAUCAAUGCGAUCCAUCUGGUCAGUGCUAACUUCAAACCGAAGAAAUGUGGUCGAUGAAUUUGCUGAUGAAAUAGCUCAAGAAUUGCAGCCGGCGCUGAUAAAUAAAGAAUGGCGUGUUCGAGAAUCGGCAUGUUUAGCCAUGAGUGAUUUGCUGCGAGGUCAUGACACUCCAAAAAUGCACCAGAAAAUUGGGGAAUAUUUGGAAAGUGUGUUGAGAGUUCGAGAUGAUAUUAAGGAAUCGGUUAGAUUGGCGGCGGAUAAAACUGCUGAAAGUAUUCGGAGACUUAUUGUUAGGUAAGGUUUUUGGGGGAAAAAGCUCAAAAAAUGCUCUUUUUAGACCUAAAAUUCAUGAAAAAUGCUUAAUUUUGAGCUGAAAAUCAUGAAAAUUUCCUCUAAAGCUAAAGGGAUUGCUCAUGUUAAAUUUUAAGCUUCAAAUCCAGAAGCUGCAAGAAAAUUUUCAAAAAAUAUAUAAAGAUUGCUCAUGUUAAUCGCAAAAAUCCAAAUUUUUGACUUAAAAUUUAUUAAAAAUGAGCUGAAAUCAAUAAAAUUGCUCAAAAAUGCUCAUUUUUGAGCUGAAAUUCUUGAAAAUGCUCAAUUUUGAGCUGAAAAUCAUAAAAAAUGCUCAAUUUUAACCUAAAUUUUAUGAAAAAUGCUCAAUUUUGAGCUGAAAUUCAUGAAAAUGCUCAUUUUUGAGCUGAAAUUCAUGAAAAAUGCUCAAUUUUGAGCUGAAAUUGAUCAAAAAUGCUCAAUUUUGAGCUGAAAUUCAUGAAAAUGCUCAAUUUUUACCUAAAAUUCAUGAAAAAUGCUCAAUUUUGAGCUGGAAUUCAUGAAAAAUGCUCAAUUUUGAGCUGAAAUUGAUCAAAAAUGCUCAAUUUUGAGCUGAAAUUCAUGAAAAUGCUCAAUUUUUACCUAAAAUUCAUGAAAAAUGCUCAAUUUUGAGCUGAAAUUCAUGAAAAAUGCUCAAUUUUGAGCUGGAAUUCAUGAAAAUGCUCAAUUUUGAGCUGAAAUUCAUGAAAAAUGCUCAAUUUUGAGCUGAAAUUCAUGAAAAAUCCUCAAUUUUGAGCUAAAAUUCAUGAAAAAUGAGCAAAAAUGAGCUGAAAUCAUUGAAAAUGCUCAAAAAUCCUUGAAAAUCACCAAUUUUCGUCGCGUAAAAGCGGAGUGUCGUAGUGUUUUCCAGAUUGGCUUCUUCUACCAACAUCAAAAAAUCCGAUGAAUUCCUCUCAUCAAUCCUCCCAUAUCUCGUAGAUCAAGGAAUUGUGAAUUCAACAAUCAAAUCCAACAAGAUCUAUUGUCUAGCACUUCUAUUAGAUCUCACAAAAUCGGCCGGCAAACAACUCAAACCCUACCUCCAACAUCUAAUUCCGAUCCUCCUCGACACGAUAUCCGAAAACGAAUCAGCCGUGUUGAAUUAUGUGGCUGUCCGCGCGGAUUCCGCGCAACUCGAAGCGUUGGAUGACGCGAGAGCAAAUAUGGCGAGAAGUUCGCCGAUGAUGACGGCAAUCAAUGAUUUGUUGCCGCAUGUUGAUGCGCGGAUUUUGGCGGAGAUGACGCCGAAGAUUGCCGAUCAACUUAGAGCAUCGGUUGGAGUGUCGACGCGUAGUGCUGCUGCGCAGCUUAUUACGCAACUUGCGUUGAGAGCACCGCAAUUGAUGAUGGAUUCCAAGGUGGGGGUUUUGGGAGGUUGCUCAUGUUAAUCUGCUAGAAAUUGCUCAUGUUAAACUUCUAGGGAUUGCUCAUAUUAAUCUCAAAAAUGUUGAUUUGAAUUUUUAACAUGAGCAAUCCAUAUUUCUGGGGAAAAUCUUUCCAUUAGGAUUGCUCAUGUUAAGUUUAUCGCUCUAAAUCAUAAAAUAUAGGGAUUGCUCAUGUUAACUUCAACAAAAAAAUGUUAUUUUACCGAAAAUUUGGAGCAUUGCUCAUGUUAAGAAGGAGAAAAAUAGGGAUUGCUCAUGUUAGUCUUAUAGAUAUUGCUCAGGUUAAGUUUGAAGCUUUAAAGCAAAAAUAUAGGGAUUGCUCAUAUUAAUCUUCUUGGGAUUGCUCAUGUUAAACUUCUAGGGAUUGCUCAGGUUAAUCUUUUAGGUAUUGCUCAUAUUACUCUCAUAGGGAUUGCUCAUGUUAGUCUCGGAAAUGUUGACUUGAAUUUUUAACAUGAGCAAUCCCUGUUUUUUUGGGGAAAAUUUUUUAUUAGGGAUUGCUCAUGUCAAAUUCAACAAAAAAUGUUAUUUUACCGAAAAUUUGGAUCGUUGCUCAUGUUAAGAAGCGAUUGUGUCUUUCUUGAGAAAAAUAGGGAUUGCUCAGGUUAAACUUCUUGGGAUUGCUCAUGUUAGUCUUAUAGAUAUUGCUCAGGUUAAUAUUUUAAUGAUUGCUCAUUUUAAUAUUCUAGAUAUUGCUCAUGUUAACUAUAAAGCUUCAAAGCAAAAAUAUAGGGAUUGCUCAUAUUAAUUUUCUAUAGCUUGCUCAUGUUAAACUUCGAGGGAUUGCUCAUAUUAAUCUUCUAGACGUUGCUCAUGUUAACUAUAAAGCUUCAAAGCAAAAAUAUAGGGAUUGCUCAUGUUAUUCUUCUAGGGAUUGCUCAUUUUAAUAUUCUAGGCGUUGCUGAUGUUAACUAUAAAGCUUCAAAGCAAAAAUAUAGGGAUUGCUCAUGUUAGGAAGCUAUUUUUUCUUUUUUCUUUUCCGAAGGAGGAAAUUCUACAAAAACAUGUUGAUGAAUGAAUGAUAUUUAUUUUUGGAAACACAUAUUAAGAGUCCGUGACACAAUCGAACAACCAACAAUAAUAGCCUUUUGGACAAUCUGAAUGAUAAAAACAAGCAUCGACUGAAGCGGCCAUCAAAAAUGCGAGAAUUGACAAAAGUGUUGGGGAAAACAUCAGGAUUUGAAGUUUUUCUGCACAACCUUUUUUUAUACGAGAAAAAUUGAUGAAAAUUGAUUCGAAUUUCGAACAUCAGCGCGUUUUUUGAACCCGGACCAUGCAAAAAACUUGCUUUUAGCUCAAAAAUCACCAAUUUUCAGCCAAAAAAUCUAAAAUUUUUCAGCCGCAAUGCGACAAACUCUUCAAUUCUCUGAUCCCAGGAGUUCGAGAUCGAAAUCCAUCAAUUCGAAAACAAUUUGCAAAUUCAAUGUCAUAUCUCGCCAAAUUUGUAUCGCAAAAUCUCAUGCAAAAACUGCUGAAAACCGUAGUUUCAGACCUGGUGACUGAAAAUGAAGAGCUGAAAUUGUCAGCCAGACAUGUCCUGCGAAAUCUCUCGCAAAAUUGCUCCGAAUUGCUCGGCUCACAUGCCACACAAAUUGUGCCAUUCGUAUUUUUGGAAACUUGCCAGGAAGUGAAGAAGGGUGAUGAGGAAGGCAGGCUGAAACGAGAAGAAUGGCUGGAAUUGUGGGCGGAGCUUGUGCCGAGCACAUCUGCCGCGGCAAGAUUGUAUAAAGAUGAGAUAUUGAAGACGGGAUUGGAGAUUGUGAAGGAGAAUGAGGUGUGGAGGGUGAGAGCGCAGGCGGCGAGAAUGAUUGGAGCGACGGUGGAAGUGUUGGGAGGGAAUGUUGGUGGGGAGAGUGUUGGUGAGUGGGGGGGGGGUGAGCUCGGGUAGAGCAAACAGGUUUGCUCUACCCGGGUGCUCUGCGCGAGUGUAGACCGCAAGCAGAAAACAGGGCGUGCUUCGCAAGCCCUGCUUAAACAGUUGGCCGCUUACGCGGAAGCUUGCGGCACUAUCUUCCGCUUCAGCGGCCACGUGAAUUGCUAUGAUAUGGUAAACGUCAUAGUAAUACGCGUGGCCGCUGCGCGGAAGCUUGCGGUCUACAGUCGAGCGCUCGACCCGAGCGCUCUGCGCGAGUGUAGACCGCAAGCUUCCGCGUCAGCGGCACUAUCUUCCGCGUCAGCGGCAACGUGGAUUGCUAUGAUAUGGUAAACGUCAUAGUAAUACGCGUGGCCGCUGAAGCGGAAGAUAGUGCCGCUGACGCGGAAGCUUGCGGUCUACACUCGCUCCGCUCGAAAAAAAAAUAGAUUUGAUGCCUGAACCUUCAAAUUUCAGCAAUUUUCAUGAAAAUCUUGGAUUUCUCUGAAAAAUGCUGAAAUUUUUGGGUUCUCGCGCAGGGGAACCUAUCGCCAAUUUUUUUUUUAAUGAAAAAAGAUCUCAAAAACUACGAUACUCCGCGUUUACACCACCAAAAUUGACCCAUUUUCUAUCAAUUUUGAAGGUGUAAAUGCGGAGUAUCGUUUGAGAAACGUCAAUUUGAUGCCUGAACCUUAAAAUUUCAACAAUUUUUAUGAAAAUCUUGGGUUUUCUGGAAAAUGCUGAAAUUUUUGGGUUCUCGCGCAGGGAACCUAUCGCCAAUUUUUUAAAAUUUACAUAAACAUUUUUUCAUGAGAGUUAAGCCUUUUGGGGAAGUUUUGGCCCCAAAAAAGCCACGUGGCGUGCUCCGCAAGCCCUGUUUAAACAGUUAGCCGCGUACGCGGAAGCUUGCGGUUUACACUCGGAAAAAAACGCAUAGCAUUCAACAAGAUUUAUUGGGGUGGAAAUGAUUAAAAAGUGAGACAUGUCCAAAAGAUGCAACGAGCAUUGUCAUGAUGACAUUCCGAAUCCUUCCAACACGCAUCCACAACAAUCGCCACACAAGCAGCAGCCAUCAAAAAUGGGACGAUUUUUGUUGUUGAAAACAUUUCUGUUUGUCGUGGGGAACAUUUUGGGGAGCCCACUUUUAUGCGCAAAAAUUUGAUGAAAAUUGAUUCGAAUCAAUUUGAUUUGAUUUGAAAAAACGCCCGCGAGGAAGUUUUUUUUUGGUUUUGUGUUAAACUUUCGAAAAAUUGAGGAUAUUGCUCAUGUUAAGCGUGAAAGUUGCUCAAUUUUGAGCUGAAAUUAAUGAAAAAUGCAAGUUACCAACGACACUCCGCAUUUACACUCGAGCGGAGCGAGUGUAGACCGGAAGCUUCCGCGUAAGCGGCUUCGAGCGCUUUGCGCGAGUGUAUGUCCCUUUAAGAGGCUUUUAUAGGAACAUACACUCGCGCAAAGCGCUCGAAGCCGCUUACGCGGAAGCUUGCGGUUUUGCGGAGCACGCGGAAGAAUUUUUGCUCAAAAUGCUCGGAUUUUCUUGGAAUUUUGCACAAUUUUCAGCAAAAAACCUGUGGUUUUCUUUAAAUUUAGGCUAAAACUUGAAUUCUGGCUCAAAAAAUCAGGAAAUUAUCCGAGUUUUAGCUGAAAAAUUGUGUUUUUCGUGAAAUUUAGGCCGAAUUGUGUGAUUUUCAGCGGAAAAUAUUUGAAAAUGCUCAAUUUUAAGCUGAAAUUCAUGAAAAUUCUCAAUUUUUCAACGAUGCUCCACAUUUACAUCGGAAUUCUCGAGCGAAGCGAGUGUAAACCGGAAGCUUCCGCGUAAGCGGCACUAUCUUCCGCUUCAGCGGCCACGUGGAUUACUAUAAUUUGGAAUUCUAGUAGUGAUAUUCCACGUCAUAGUAAUCCGCGUGGCCGCUAAAGCGGAAGAUAGUGCCGCUAACGCGGAAGCUUGCGGAUUACACUCGCGCAGAGCGCUCGGGUCGAGCGAAGCGAGUGUAGACCGCAAGCUUCCGCGCAGCGGCCAACUGUGUAAGCAGGGCUUGCGGAGCACGCCGCGUGGCUAAUUUUUCCCGCCAAAAAUCGCCACAGGGCGUGCUUCCCUGUCUCAAACAAAAAUCACAAAUUUUUGUUGUAGAUCAAAUCAUCGACUCGCUUCUCCCCACUCUUUCCGGUCGAAUUUGGGCGGGAAAAGAGGAGAUUCUGAUGGCUGUUGCGAAGACGAUUGAAGCCGGCGGAGCCGCACUCAAAACCUCACUGAGCCCUGAAAAAAUCGAGCAAAUUUCCGCGAUUUUGAAGCGAGAAGCUGGGAAAAGAAAUGUGGAUUAUUCAUCGAUUGGUUUGUUGGCGUUGGCGAAAUAUUGUCGCGUUUUGGAGGAUUUGAAGACGGCCGAGUGGCUGGCGGAAAAAGUUGAGGAAAAUGUGCAGAAAGUCAUCGGGUAGGUCAAAAAAUUGCGCAUUUUUUGACACCAAACAUGACUUUUGCAGUGAAAAUCGAGCCGGCUCCGAUUCCGAUGACGAAACCCUCACAAAUCUCGAAAAAGAGAUUCGAAUCUCGAAAAUUGUCACCUCAAAUCUGGUGGCACUCGGAGCAUCGUUGGCAACGUUUCGAAAUGGCCGAGAUGCUUGCAAGACUGUUGAGAAGUUGGUGAAAUUCAUGAGGAUGCCCGCGAUUGCCUGGAAAUCCAAACAGAAUUUGUUUGUUGAACUGGGAAAGACUGUGGAGAUGUGAGUUUUUAGCGCGCGAAAAUUUCAGAUUUUUUGAUAUCGAAUAAGCCUAGGAUUACUCAUAUUAGUGGGGUUUUGGAGCAUUGCUCAUGUUAAUUUUUUUUCAGAAAAUUUGAUUUUUCGAGCAUUUUGCUCAUGUUAAUUUUUUUUCCUGAAAUUGUGAUUCAAAUUUUUUUCUCAAAAAUUUAAUUUUCGAGCAUUUUUUAUCAUUGCUCAUGUUAAAUUUUCUUGGAAUUUCACAAAAUUGCUCAUAUUAGUGGAUUUUUAGAUUGCUCAUGUUAAAUUUUUCCAGAAAAUUAGAUUUUUAGAGCAUUGCUCAGGUUAUUUUUUCUUUCAAAUUUUGACAAAACAUUGCUCAUGUUAAUUUUUUCCUGAAAUUGUGAUUCAAAUUUUUUUCUCAAAAAUUUAAUUUUCGAGCAUUUUUUAUCAUUGCUCAUGUUAAAUUUUCUUGGAAUUUCACAAAAUUGCUCAUAUUAGUGGAUUUUUAGAUUGCUCAUGUUAAAUUUUUCCAGAAAAUUAGAUUUUUAGAGCAUUGCUCAGGUUAUUUUUUCUUUCAAAUUUUGACAAAACAUUGCUCAUGUUAAUUUUUUCCUGAAAUUGUGAUUCAAAUUUUUUCUCAAAAAUUUUAUUUUCGAGCAUUUUUUAUCAUUGCUCAUGCUAACUUUUCUUGGAUUUUCACAAAAUUGCUCAUAUUAGUGGAUUUUUAGAUUGCUCAUAUUAACGUUUUUCCAGAAUUUUUCAUUUUUAGAGCAUUGCUCAUAUUAAUAUAAAUAAUUCCCCAAAUUCUUCCAGCUGGGACCUCAAAAGUCAAUUUGACGCAACUCAACUGGUUGAAACAAUCUUCGAACAAGCCGACGAAAUGAUAAAUCAACAAAAGAAUACGGUAGCCGCAGAUGCUCUCCAAAUCAUCAUAAAAAUGCACGAAAAACGCGAAUUUUUGAGUGUUGAUUGGGAAAUGGUGGAGAUUUUGAUGAAAAAUGGAAAAGCUGGCCAAAUUACUGGAUUAUCGAAUCGAUUGGAACAUUUACAACAACAGAAAAUGGAAAUUGACUAA